GCCUUGUACUUGCAGAACUUCUCAAAGGCUACAACGUCCCCUAUCCUCUUCAAUGGCCACAAGAACAGCUUUCCGGCCUCUAGUGAGAGCUGCAAGGCCUCAAUUGCAAUCCGCUCAGGUACAUAGAUGCUUCACCAGCACAAGCCAGCGAGCAGAAUCGCCAUCACAGUCUACGAAUCAUGAGAGAACGACGCAUUUUGGGUUCGAGACGGUAGCAGAGGCAGAGAAGGAAGCUAGAGUUGCUGGAGUAUUCAGCAAUGUUGCUGCCUCGUACGAUACCAUGAACGAUUUCAUGUCUUUGGGAAUUCACAGACUAUGGAAAGAUCACUUCGUCCGAUCCAUCAAUCCCGGAUCCUCGUCAACUUCUCCCUCCCCCGGCUGGACAAUGCUCGAUAUCGCUGGUGGCACCGGAGACAUCGCUUUCCGCCUCCUCGACCACUGCACAAAUAUCAACAACUCCCCCCAAUCUACCAUAACGAUCUCCGACAUAAACCCCUCCAUGCUUUCUGAAGGAAAGAAGCGCUCGCUAGCCACCUCCUACGCCAACUCUCCUCGCAUAAACUGGCUUGUAGCAAAUGCCGAAAAUUUGGAAACGAUUGAGUCUGAUAGCAUAGACCUAUACACUGUUGCUUUUGGCAUCAGGAAUUUUACGAAUAAAGAGAAGGCAUUGAGGGAGGCGUAUAGGGUGUUGAAACCCGGUGGUGUAUUUGCUUGUUUAGAGUUUAGUGGGGUGACCAAUCCGUUGUUUGAUGCUGUGUAUAAGAGGUGGAGUUUUGGUGCUAUUCCUUUGAUAGGACAGUUGGUAGCUGGUGAUAGGGCUAGUUAUCAGUACCUUGUUGAGAGUAUUGAGAAGUUUCCUAAGCAAGAAGAGUUCAGAGAUAUGAUCAAGGAGGCUGGGUUUGUGGUUCCAGGGAAGGGAUGGGAAGAUUUGACUGGUGGUAUUGCCGCUAUUCACAAAGGCAUCAAGCCGGCUGGAACACCCUAGACUUGUAAUUUACUGUACCAUAUUGUAAGAUAGUCUCUGCUCUAAAGCCCGGGAAAAUCGCUCUUCAUGACAAACAAGAGGUUAUGAUACAAAGGAUUUGUAUUUUCUAUUUUGCUAAAACACCAUCA